AUGAAUCAGGCAAUGCAUCCAUCCACCAUUAGUAAGAAAUUGACCAGUGUUCCAGAAUUACCUUUUAAGAAAGGACAACUGAAUUUAUCACCUGCACUGAAAGAAAAACAUAGUAUCAAGUCUACAGAUGCUAAAAUUGAACCAAUGGUCCUGAGGUCUCCACCCACAGGAGAGUCAAUUGUACGGUUUGCCUUGCCAAUACCAUUGAGUAAGACAAAGGAGUUAAUAUCAAGUCAUGAAAUGGUCAGGAAUAUUACCCAAAACCUGAAGACGCUAGUCACCAGACUUGAGAAGACCUUUGGAAAUAUCAGUGAAGAUAAAAAAAAAGAGCAGCAAAACCUGAAGAAGAAGGCUUCAGACAAGACGGUUGGUGAUGAUGUGAAGUCAUUCUUGUUGUGCUGUUCAGAAUUUACAGCUCAGCUGGAGGAAGCAGUUAAGGAAGAACGUGGUGCGUUGGAAUCUCUUUACAAGUGGUUUCAGCAACAAGUCAACCAACUGGAGGAGAUUGGCAAAGAUCAAAGUAAUUUAGAAGCAGAAGUUCAAUCAGAUAGAAAAUCAAUUUUGAACAUUGUACAAAUUGCAAGACUGGCACGUAAAUUUGAAGAUAUUGAAGGUCGCCUAAGAGAGCGCAAGGCGGCCAUGCUGGCUAAAGAAGAGGAUAAAGCAACUGUAUUAGAAUCAUUGAAAAAUUAUGAACUUAUAGAAAAGCAAAUUGAAGAGUUCCUAACGUCCCAUUCAGAUAUAGAAUUUCAAACUGUUUCUGAAACUGAGUCAGGAACUCCUUCAGUGACUAAUCGGAUGAAUACAAUGAUGAAAAUAUUUGAAAAUCAGUCAACUAUGUUAGAAAAAGCUUUAAGUGAUCAGACUGAAGCUGAGGCUAAAUAUAAAAAAAUGGAAACUAAUGUUCAACUGUUAGUAAUGGAGAAAGCCCUCCUGAAAGGUGAAAUACGAAGGCUGAGAGAAAUACAGAAAGCAAAGGCUACAAGCAAAGAAGUGCGACCCAAGAAAUCUGGAAAAUCAGAAAAGAAAAAAGAUAGGUAA